AUGGCUGCCCUCUGGCCUCUGGUCAAGCCCAAGAUCAUCAAAAAGAGGAUCAAGAAGUUCAUCCUGCACCAGGCAGACCGAUAUGUCAAAAUUAAGCAAAACUGGCGGAAACCUAGAGGUAUCGACAACAGGGUGCGGAGAAGAUUCAAGGGCCAGAUCCUAAUGCCUAACAUUGGUUACGGGAACAACAAAAAAACUAAGCACAUGCUGCCUAGUGGCUUCCAGAAGUUUCUGGUCCACAAUGUAAAGGAGCUGGAAGUGCUGCUGAUGUGCAACAAAUCUUAUUGUGCUGAGAUUGCUCACAAUGUUUCCUCCAAGAACCGAAAAGCCAUUGUGGAAAGAGCAGCACAGCUGGCCAUCAGUCACUAA